UUUCCAGGAUGUGGCAUGUUCCUGAACUUUGGGAAAGUGAGCACAACUAGUGCAAACCGUGGGGACUGGCUAACCGAGGCAGUGGAACUCAAUGCUAAAGGAGGCAGAGAUGAUCGCAACUAUCUAUGGGUGUCGCUGAAAAUGCGGUCUGAAAACCCGUUUCUGUCCCUGGUCCUGCCCAGUAUACUGAUCAUUGUGGCAGAUGUGGUGAGCUUCUCCCUGCCACUGGGAGGGGGCGAGCGUAUCUCAUUCAAGGUUACACUGGUUCUCAGCUUCAUCAUGUUCCUCAUCAUCCUCAACGACCUACUGCCUGGAGGAGGCCAGUGCAGCCCCAUCAUCCGAAAGCACUUCUGUUUCUGUUUGGUCAUCCUGGUGUUGAGCACGUUGCAGUCUAUGGUGCUCACACGCCUGGCUAAGUGUGGCACUCUCUGGCCCUGCAGCCUCUCCAAGUCCAAAGACUCACUACUUAAAGACACAGACAAUGAAGAGGGUAAAUGUUUUCAUUCUUCUGUCAUCUCAGUUAUCCACAGAGCAAGAUAUAUUUUCAUGGUUUCCAAAGACAUUAACAAAACGUCCUUAUACAACCAUUUAUAA